ACCAUCGCCACCACCAACGCGGCGCUCAAUGCCAACUCCGCACUCCGCUGACACUCAGCGCACCCCGUCGCUCUCUCUCUCUGUGUGCGCGCGUCUCUCCCUCGUCUCCUGUCGCCUCCACUUGAACUCUCCCGAGCUCCGAAGCGGACAUCGUCUCGCCUAUCCACGCGCCGCGCCUGUCCACUGCCAAGCUUGGACAUAGCCCAUCCGUCCGUCGAAGCAGCCCCAACCAACACCCUUCCCGAGACAUCCAUCCAUCGAACCUACCCUCCCAACGCCUCACCUUGCUCACCUGCGCAAGGCACCUCGACCUCCACUGCCACGUUCCUUCCCAGCCGCCGCCGCCACCUCGUCACCGCAUCGCUCGCUCCGAUCUCCUCCGAUGGCCUCCGAGUUGCGCUCUCGACCCUUCUGGCGAGCGGUCUUCGCGGAAUUCUUGGCCACGGCCGCCUUGGUGGCUCUCGGGAUAGGCUCCACACUCCGGUGGGGACGCGCCGACGGCUCGGUGGAUGUCGUGCGCGUGUCUCUGGCCUUCGGGCUGGCGGUGGCCACGCUUGUGCAGUGCGUGGGUCACGUGAGCGGUGGACACCUCAACCCUGCCGUCACGUUUGGCCUCCUGGUGGGGUGCCGGCUGAGCGCGCCACGCGCCCUCCUCUACAUGGUGGCGCAGGUGAGUGGGGCCCUGGCGGCCAGCGGCCUCCUCUACGGCCUCACCCCUGCAGUGCAGCGUGGCUCCCUGGGCCUCAACUCGCUGGGACCCGGCGUGACUCACGCGCAGGGCUUCGGCGUGGAGGUGCUCAUCACCUUCGCGCUGGUCCUCUGCGUCCUCGCGUCCACGGACUCGCGGCGCCGCGACGUGGGCGGCUCGCUGCCCCUCGCCGUGGGCUUUGCGGUGGCGCUGGGCCACCUGUUCGCGAUCAACUUCACCGGGUGCAGCAUGAACCCGGCUCGCUCCUUUGCUCCCGCCGUGCUAACGAGGAAUUUCAAAGACCACUGGGUGUUCUGGCUGGGCCCGCUCAGCGGCUCGCUGUGUGCAGCCCUCUUCUACGACUUCCUGCUCGCCCCGCGCUCCAUGCCUCUGCGAGCGCGGCUCAGGGCUCUCCGCGCGGGUCCCAUCGAGGAGGCUUCGCCCGCACCCCACGACUCGACCGAGAGCCCAGACGACAUCAAGCUGUGACCUCUCUCGUCGCGCGCCCCCUCCACCCCACCCCCCGCCCGCAUUCUCCCCCGGCCCCCGGCGCGCCCCCGCGUACACCGGCGUUGCUUUGCUUUUGGGUUCUGGUAGAUUUUCGACGUGGAUGACGCUGCGGCCGCACGAGGCGCGCAGCGCUCCGCGGUGUUGCCACGCGUUAGCACGGUAGGGCCGUCUCUACGCUUAAUUACCCCUUUCCCGCUGGCACUCCCAAGACAUCUGAAUGUGACUCGAGGUUGGAGGAGGGAGAGGGGGCAAAAGCAGGGUCGAGGGUGGGGCCAACGUCACGCGUCGUUGCGCGUGACGUGAGUCGGUGCACCCGUGAAGGCACGGCAGCACCGCGUUCAGCUGCGUGUCGCGUUGCGGCUUCGAUCGGCGGCGUACGGCGUCGGUGGCUCAGGUUCGGCAGUGGGAAGGGAAGGAAAUAAAACAAGCUGGCGCUUCCCUGAGCUGAGCUUGGCACCGCUCGGUUCUUCAGCAGAAAAGGGGUAUAAGUGGGGACCUGUGCAGAUGCGGGGGGGGCAGCCGGGUUGGGUUAGUGCGGCACUACCGAUAAAAAAAAAACAUGGACAGCGGCACAGAGAGAGACAUGGAGAGAAACGAAUGCAUCGGAAGAGACCCACGGCGAGGCAUUGAUCUGCACCCUCCCUCGUGUUCACCCACCCCGGCCAAGUGACGGAGUCGCCACACCCCUCCCCACCUCCACCUCACCUGACUUCAUCAUUGCAUCACCCAAAGUUUCAAAUCUGGAUAAAAGACUGGACACGGCAAGACGCAGGCAGAUAAGAGAGAUAUGCAAACACAGACGCCCAGCCAUAGAGAGAGAGAGAGAGACGGCGGAGCUAUGCGGAUCGAGGUGCAAGAAGGAGAUAGAGAGAGAGAGACAGAGAGAAAGAUGCAGAAAACGACACAACAGAGGCAGUGAGUGGCAAUGCGGACAUGUGAAUAAGGCACAGACGCACAGUCGCAGAGAUAGACACCGUGAGAUAGAAAGACGCAGCAGAACGGGCACGAAGGGACAAGAGUCGUAUGUACAUGGGGCAAGAAGUGGCACAUCAGGCUCAAUCGCAACCCGAAAGCACGAACACACACACGCACUAUAGAGACACCUGCGCGUGUUCCCGUGCCGUCUCCCGAUGGUGUCACCUGCAGGGUAGUUGGCCGCAGGAAGGCGUUUCGACGCCAUACCGUUAAGCGAGCUAUGGAGCGUGCUCGGAGCCACGGUGAACCCGUUUUGUGCCUUUGUCUCGCAGAACACGGCAGCCAUUGCCCCCUAGCGUUUGUUCUAGCGGGGCAUCUCUAGCGGGGUAUCUCUAGUGGGGUAUCUCUAGCGGGUAUCUCUAGCGGGGUAUCCUUAGCGGGGUAUCUCUAGCGGGGUAUCUCUAGCGGGACAUCUCUAGCGGGGUAUCUCUAUGGAGGUAUUCUAGUGGGGUAUCCCUAGCGGGGUAUCUCUAGCGGGGUAUCUCUAGGGGGGUAUUCUAGCGGGGUAUUCUAGUGGGGUAUUCUAGUGGGGUAUCCCCAGUGGGGUAUUCUAGCGGGGUAUUCCCAGCGGGGUAUCCCCAGCAGGGUAUGCGGGGAAUCCCCAGUGGGGUAUCCGGGGUAUCCCCAACAGGGAAUCCUGGGUAUCCCCAGUGGGAUAUCCCCAGCGGGGUAUCCAGGAGUACCCCAGCGAGGUAUCCAGGAGUAUCCGUAGUGGGGAUGCUAUUCGACUGCCUUGGGUCGUUGUAGUUGCCCCCCCCCCCCCGCCCCUUGUCGUGUACUCUGCCGAGUACUGCCUAUGACCAAAUAACCACGAAUACUCUCUCUCUCAUUCAUUAUUAUGCAGUAAUUAACAACGCAUGUUUACCCAGGAAAGCCUCACCGAGCCUCGUGACUCUUUUUCUCUUUCCUUUUUCUUCUUCAGCCGGGUGCCUGCCGUGUAUCGUUUUCGUCGCGGCGCGUAAUCUUUGCGGUGCAUUUUUUUUUCGUUCAACGUUCGAUCCGGGACGCCGACGCACGGUGGCCUUACUCCCUGCGAGCGACGUCGCGGGGAUCUUCAGCGUCCACCGCGAAUCGGCGGCGUGUAGCGUGUUAAUAACAACCCGCCGGUAUUUACCGGGGCGGACGUUGGAUGCGCUCUCGGGUCGCGCCGCGUGUUGCGCCGCGCGAUGACCGACGGUUCCUGUUGGGCGCCCCGCGUGUCGGGAGUUUGCUCACAAACUUUAAAGAAGCUCAACUCCUGGAGACGCUCCCCAGCACGCGCAUCGAAACGUCGAGCAUCGCGCCGAACAAAAACAGCGCGGUGCGACCCGAAAGACCGCGUCGGAGGGCGAUAGAACACAGCUCGCGAAAAUUCACGCAGGCAGCAUCCCAGUUUUGCUUUCUGGAAUCCUGAACGUGCCUGAUCGUGUCCGGUCUCGCAAGCUAAGCAGGUUCAGUGGAGCGCGGCUGGUACUUAGAUGGGAGAUCUUUAGCAGGAAUACCAGGUGUUGUAGUAGGCUUGGGCUGCAAGGUGACCAGGAGAUGACAGUCCAGCAAUGCAAUAUUGAGUAUAUAUCAGUGUGACGCUUUUGAAUUUUACUACCUUGUAAGCAAUAGUGCAUUCUUUUUUUUUCGGAUGCUCCACUUUCUGCCUUCGUGUCACUCGUGACUGGAACUGGCCAAACAUUCCAAUACGGAACCCUUUCCUGGGUAAGGUAAGGGCAUGAUUACACUUGCUACAGAUAACCUGUGCGUGGCGCGCACUGGUGUACAUUGGCCGGCCCCUGCUGUAAAACGGUGUGACUUCAAUAAACCAGCAGGCAAUUUGCCUCCUUACAAA